AUGCUAUCCGUACCGGCGGCACUAGCUCCCUUUGGCGUCUUUCUAGUCAAUACUCUUCUUUGGCCCGACUGCCCGCUUCGAUCCGCUGUUUCACCCGAGACUCCCCCCUCGGCCCAUCACACUCCUUCCUCCAAAUCUACACAGAACAGAAAUUCCUCGAAUUCAUCAUUAGCAUACAGCGGUACACCUCGUCGACUUUCAUAUGCGCCAUUCUCAACCUCUACUCAAGGAUCCGAUACCGCCGAUUGGGAUCAUAACCCGAAUCUUGCUAUUUCCAAUUUCUCUGAACUUCCAUCCAAGGACUUUGGUGUCAACCAGCAUAUGAUCAUAAACCAAGAAUUCAAAGAGGCUCUUCGUCAAAUUCUGUGGCAGUUCCGCGCGCCUAUCCGUUAUGCCUUCGCCUAUGGAUCGGGCGUGUUUCCGCAAAAUGGUAGCGCAGCUUCGUCCUUGUCCACUCACCCGUCCGCACCCGCCGCCAUCAAGAAUAUGCAGCAGGGAUCAGGGAAAAUGAUUGACUUCAUUUUUGGCGUAUCCUACUCUCAGCAUUGGCACUCCUUGAACCUUAUGCAGCACCGUGAUCACUACUCUGGACUUGGCUCUCUGGGUUCAUAUGCAGUCUCCCAAGUCCAGGAUCGGUUUGGCGCGGGCGUCUACUUCAACACACAUGUCACUGUCAACGGAACACUGAUAAAUACGGCGUGGUCAACUUGGACACUUUAUCUCAAGACCUUGCCCAGUGGAAUACAUUAUCAACCUAUUAUCGGCCUGCGAGUAGCCUUACUUCUGCUCCCAGAGCGCUUCACUGAAUUUCAGUUGUACAACACCAUUGCUGGUAUCAGUUACAUGGGUGAUCUUCGCAUGGUGCUUGCAGCGGAGGAUCCCGGGAAGGUGCAUAACAUCGUCUCGGGCCAGAUGACGCACUUCCGAAGGCUCUAUGAGCCACUCAUUUCGAACCUGCCUAAUGUCGAUUUCAAUGAUCCUCGCUGCAGCCAAAGCGAUUGGGUUGAUGAUCCCAAUGCUGUUCUCUCGAUGCAGCAAGCAUGGAUCCUAUGA